AUGGCAGCACAAGAGCAGGAUAUAACAGACAGCAUACUACAAUACCAGAUAGAUCUAGCAAGGGAGUUAAGAAUUUAUAAAAUGUGCUGGAUUGAAAGAAAGCUGAAAAGGGGUUUUGAUAUAUCUCGCACCACCUUUAGGACACUUGGUCUUAAUCCAAAUGUACUUCCUCUGCCGUGCAUGGACAAUUACAUUAUAUACUCUAAUACAGAGAAGGAGAUAGAGGCACUUAAAGCAGAGAACUCUACAAAGAAUCAAGUAUCAAUCGAGGAAGAAACAAGAAAGAUAUACGAGGAGAUAUGCAAGCGGUUUAUUCCUAAAGUGUUUAAGAUACAAGUGCAGAACAUUGCAGCAAAGCAAGCGCAGCACAAAAAAAUAAGCACGGUAUGCCAGAGAGAAUUAAAGAGGGCUCUGACAAAAACAGCAAAGACAAAUCCAAUUUUGAAAGGAAAGAGGAUUACAAAGGAGCUGCAGACGUUCUUCAAGAGAGCAGAGAGGACAAGCCGGGACAAAAAGAAGAAAGAGGAGAAGGAGGAUUAUGAAAGAAGGAAGAAAGAGGAAGAGAAAAAAGAAGAGCAGCGGCAGGAAAAGAAGCUCAACUUUUUAAUUACGCAGACAGAGCUGUUCUCACACUUUAUUCUGGGGAAGAAAAAGCAGAAUGAGGAGAUUGAUGAAGAGUCAAAGAUAGCAUUUGAAGCAGCAGAAAAGCACAGGCAGGCUGUGAAGGAGUUUGACCACCAUCCAGGGCAGCGAAAGGACGAAAAGGCUCUUCCGGUGUACAACAACUCUACGCUUCCUAUUAGCGAGAGUGUGAAAGUGCCUGGAAUGCUUCAGUGUACACUGAAAGACUAUCAGAAAAGAGGGCUUGAGUGGCUAGUUAGUUUGUAUGAUCAAGGUAUAAAUGGCAUGCUAGCAGAUGAAAUGGGUCUGGGAAAAACUGUGCAGGCAAUAUCUUUUUUGGCGCAUCUGGCAGAGAACGAGAACAUAUGGGGGCCUUUUUUGAUAAUUACGCCAGCCUCAACUCUACACAACUGGGAGCAGGAAUUCAACAAGUUUGUGCCGUCUUUUAAAGUGAUCUCUUACUGGGGAGCAGUUGCCGAGAGAAAGCAGCAUAGAAAGACUUGGCAGCAAAGAAAGCUGCAAAAAAAGGACUCACCCUUUCAUGUGGUUAUUACAUCGUAUCAGCUAGCAGUUAGUGACGAAAAGUACUUCAACAAAAUAAAGUGGCAGUAUAUGGUGCUUGAUGAAGCGCAGGCUAUUAAGAGCAGCGCAAGUACUAGAUGGAAGACUCUUCUAUCAUUUAAAACCAGAAAUAGGCUGCUUCUUACCGGAACGCCUAUACAAAAUACUCUUCAGGAGCUCUGGGCGCUUUUGCACUUUAUUAUGCCUACGCUGUUUGACUCCCAUGGCGAAUUCUCUGAGUGGUUUAAAAUAGAGGAUGGGGAUAGUGUGAAUGAGGCGGCAAGGCUCAGGAUGGUUUUGCAGCCAUUCAUGCUAAGAAGAGAGAAGAAGGACGUUGCAGAUGAGCUAGGGCAGAAGAUCGAGAAAACCAUUAUAUGUGAGCUAACCCCCAAGCAGAGAAAGCUUUAUGAUGGAAUUAGUGCGCGCGCACCAAUGGCAUCAUUUUUGGACAAGGCGCUGCCAGAUGAUUUAGAAGGUGUAGAGGGGCUGAUGAAUCUAGUAAUGCAAUUCCGAAAAGUAUGCAACCAUCCAGACUUAUUUGAAAAGAGAGAGAUAUCUUCAGGAUGGAGUCAACCAGUAACAAAGGUGUACAUUCCAGAACUCCUUUCAAACAUAGCAUUUAAUAAGAAAAGAAAGCUGCCCAGCUCAGUUAUGCUUGACAAUGAAAGCGACAUUGCAAAGUAUAAAUACUGUGCGCUGUUUAACUGCAUAGAUUCAGAAAAUGUCCCGAAAAAAAUAAAAUUAGAGACAGAUGAAACAAUGCUAACGAACAAAUUCAAGCUUUUCCAGGAAAUAGUCAUUCCAAGAUGUCUGCCCCCAAAGAAAGAAGUAUUUUCAACUGCGUAUAUCCCGACUGAAACAAUUCCAAGUGAAAUUCAAGAGUGUAUUAGGCCACCUCCAGUACACAUACCAUCAAUGGAGAGGUUUGUAAGCGAUAGUGGAAAAUUGGUUAUACUUGAUGCACUGCUGCCUAAGCUUAAAAAGGAGGGCCACAGAGUUUUAAUGUACUUCCAAAUGACACGAAUGAUAGACUUAAUUGAAGAGUAUCUAACAGUAAGAAACUACUCGUAUCUUAGGCUAGAUGGAAGCAGCAGAAUAUCAAACAGAAAGGAGCUGGUGAAAGACUGGCAGUCCAAUGAUGAGCGGUUCAUUUUCCUUCUAAGCACAAGAGCAGGUGGCCUAGGAAUUAAUUUGACUGCUGCGGAUACAGUGAUAUUCUAUGAUAGUGAUUGGAAUCCAACUGCAGAUCAGCAGGCCAUGGAUAGAGCGCACAGGCUAGGGCAGACUAAGCAAGUGACUGUAUACAGACUAAUAACAGCAGGAACAAUUGAAGAAAGAAUUAUGGAAAGAGCAGGAGUAAAGGGGGAGAUCCAGAGAAUGGUGAUAGAAACAAAGGACUAGCGAUAGCCCAAAUGAAGAAAUAAUAAGA